AUGACGACUCUCAGCCUAAAUAAAGUUAACCAGACUUAUUUUGAUAAGCUCUUUGUGGCGAAGAACAACACCCAGUUGUCUGCCGCCAUUCGGGCGAAAGUGCUACUUGUGGACCAACAUACCAUGCCUAUCAUUUCCAUGAGCUUCACUCAGUCACAGCUUCUCCAACAAGAUGUGGUUCUUAUCGAGAUGAUUGAUAAUCUUUAUAACUUGAGUACAAUGAAGCAUCUCAAUUGUGUUGUCUAUGUGAAACCUACUAGAGAACUGAUCAGUAAAGUGUGUGAGGAGCUUCGGAACCCCCAUUAUAACCACUACCAGUUGUUCUUUAACAAUUCUAUCACUAAAAAUGACAUUGAGAAGAUAGCUGAAGCAGAUGAGCAGGAGCUUGUGAACCAAGUGAUGGAGUUGUACCAAGACUACUCCAUUGCCAAUGAUAACUUGUACACGUUAAGUGUACCAGAGGCUGCACAGGGCCCUAGACAUAGCGUGACGAUUCAAGAGGCUACCAGUCUUGUAAGUCUUGUUUUAUCAUUGAAAAAAUGUCCAUUGAUCAAAUAUGAAACCUCCUCCUUGGACUCGAAACGUUUAGCAUCAGAGCUCUUAUAUUACAUCAACUCAAACCUGAAUAACAACUUGUUUGAUGACCUCAACAAAACGAGCGAUGUUCCUCCCGUGUUGCUUAUCUUAGACAGAAAGAAUGAUCCAAUUACGCCUUUGGUGCUUCCCUGGACAUAUCAGUCAAUGAUUCACGAAUUAAUUGGUAUUGAUAGAAACGUCGUGGACCUCAAGGACGCCUCAGAGCAGCUCACACUUUCUGAAACACAAGACAAGUUCUUUCAGGAGACUAUGUACUCAAACUAUGGUGAUCUUACUGAUAGGUUCCAGAAGUAUGUUGACGAGUACAAGAAACAAACGAAGCAAUCGUCUAUUGAAAACCUUAAAACGCAAGAUCUUUCAGAAUUCAAGAAGAUCUUAACCAAGUUCCCUGAGUUCAAGAAGCUUUCAAACAACAUUCUCAAGCAUCUCAACAUCAUAUCGGAAAUUGAUAAACAAAUUUCGGGCCAAAACUUGUGGGCGGUUGGUGAGUUGCAGCAAACGAUCGCAUGUGGCCUAGAGAACCACCAGAAUAUUAAGACAAGACUCAUCGAUUUGAUUGCAGACCAUACCGUGUCAACUCAAAACAAAGUGAAAUUGCUCUUGCUUUAUGUUGCCAAGUUCCCAAACCAACAGUCAGAUUUGGGUGCCAUGUUGGCCAAGCUUAACGACCCUGUCACAACUAGUCCUCCACCAACAAUUACACAGACUUCUUUGAUCAAGCAGUUCAGCAGGUACUUUGGCAGCAUCAAGAAAAUGUCUUCACUGGAGAGCAAUAAUAAUAAUGGCAACAUUGGACAAAUCUUCAAUAAGAAUCGUAUAAAGAUCCAACAGCUUUUCAACCCUAACAAUGACGACGAUAAGCAUAGCAUGCCCAAGACUGAUAACAUUUUCAUGCAAUAUAUCCCCAAGCUCAACGAUGUGUUGGCUCAGAUCACAAACCCUACCCCACAAAACAAGCAGAACCAGCAGCAGAAUCAGCAGGAUAAAGUUGAACUAGCCACUAUGACUCCUGAUGUUGUUAGCAAACAAUACGGGGACGCCUCUGGACAGGCAGCCCAGGAAGUGAUCAUCUACUUCAAGGGUGGAGCUACAUACGAAGAAGCUCGCUUGGUACAUGAGCUUAGCAAGGUAAACAGCCGUGUCAAGUAUAUUAUUGGUGGCGAUGGAAUAUUAAACAGCAGCCAAUGGCUCGAGAAGAUGAGUGAUAUUGUCAACGGAUAUAAUGAGCCUGCUGGGGGAUCAGCAGCGGCAACAGGCCAACAGGAUCGGAGAAGCCAGCUUCGUGAGAUCUUAUAG